UAUAAAGCUCGUUCGGCGAUGGACCGAUCUUAAAUCGAAGCUUACUUUGCGGGACAUUUUCUGCCAGUGAAGACCGCCCGAGCAAACCAAGCAUCGCAACUAACCUCCUCGUUCGUUGAUCAUCUCGUCUGGUCUACAUUUUAUUGAAGUGUGAGUGAUUCGUUUUAGGAAAAUUACGAUUUUUCCAGCGGCAGUCCGCUGCACAUUCAGCAUGCCAUUCGCUCAGCUUGUCAUCGGACCUCCAGGAGCGGGGAAAUCGACUUACUGCAAUGGAAUGCAUCAAUUUAUGGGGGCAAUCGGCAGAAAAUGCUCUAUCGUGAACAUAGACCCAGCAAAUGACAAUACAUCGUAUCCCUGUGCGCUGGACGUACGGGAUUUGGUGACCUUGGAAGAGAUCAUGGAGGAGGACGCUCUUGGGCCCAAUGGCGGGGUUCUUUAUGCGCUGGAAGAGCUGGAGAAUAAUUUCGAGUGGCUAAAGGAAAGGUUGAAGGGGCUUGGAGAUGAUUAUGUCCUUUUCGACUGUCCCGGCCAAGUUGAGCUAUUCACGCACCAUUCCUCGUUGCGAAACAUAUUCUUCCAGAUAUCGAAACUUGGCUAUCGAUUAAUAGUGAUCCAUCUCGUCGAUUCAUACUGCCUCACCCUUCCCUCGAUGUACAUUUCCGCGCUCAUCCUCUCUCUCCGGUCCAUGCUGCAAAUGGAUCUUCCACACAUCAAUGUUCUGACGAAAAUCGAUAACCUGUCCAACUACUCGCCACUACCCUUUAACCUUGAUUUCUACACCGAAGUCCAAGAUCUCAACUAUCUCCUGCCCCAUCUCGAAACCGAGUCGUCGCGAUUAUCACACGAGAAAUUCGGAGCGUUGAACAACGCAAUCAUAGACCUGGUACAAGAAUUCGCCCUAGUCGCCUUCGAGACCCUGGCUGUGGAGGACAAAAAGAGCAUGAUGCAUCUAUUACAAGUCAUCGAUCGUGCGAGCGGGUACGCGUUUGGUCCUGCUGAAGGCGCGAAUGAUACGAUAUGGCAAGUUGCAGUGAGAGACGGAUGGGGCGAUCUAACCAUUCAAGAUGUGCAGGAGAGGUGGGUGGAUGCGAAAGAGGAGUACGACGAGCAUGAGCGCACGGAACUCGAAAACGAAGCCAAAGCCAGAGAAGCAGCGGCAAAUGCGCAGGCUGAUGCCGACGAACUUGAUUUGCAGCACUUUGUACAUGAUGGAGGGACGAAAGUGAUACGAAAGUGACUUCUUUUUUCUUCGUUCUGUUCAUUUACUCUUGAUGCGUUCAGCGUUGCAUUGCACACUGCACACGAGUGAAACGGUUCAGCAUAAUAUUGCGGUGGGUAUCAAUCUAUCUAAUGUACAAUAAAACACACUUCUUCUUCUUCUUCUUCUUCUCCUUCU